AUGGGGGCUGAUGGAGAAAAUGUCGUCCUAAGGAAUAUUCUGGUUGGUCUCAACUUAAUGCUGCUGGGAUCUAUCUUCAGACCCUUUGAAUGCCGGCUAGAAGUGACAACAGAGAGAGUCAAAAGACAGGUCUCUGAUGAGGAAGGCAGCUUUGCCAACUACACAUCACCAGUCAAAGAGCAACCCAUGGUCUUCAGUCACAUAUACAACAUAAAUGUGCCUCUGGACAGCCUCUGCUCAACAUCUCUAGAGGCUUCAUCUGACCCGGAGGUGAGUUCAGAAGACGACCGGAUGACAGAAUACACCGAGCAAACCUCAGACAGUGAGAGCCAGGUCACCUUCACCCACAGGAUAAACCUCCCCAAACAGACUUGCAAGUGCGCUGCCUCUUCCCGCGAUAUUCAAGAGCUGCUGAGCAGGAUUGAGAUGCUGGAGAGGGAGGUGUCCAUGCUUCGGGACCAAUGCAACUCCAAUUGCUGUCAAGAAAAUGCAGCCACAGGGCAGUUGGAUUACUUUCCUCACUGCAGCGGUCAUGGCAACUUCAGCCUGGAAUCAUGUGGCUGUAUCUGCAACGAAGGCUGGGCUGGGAAGAACUGCUCGGAGCCUCUUUGCCCCAUGGGCUGCUCAAGCCGGGGUGUGUGCGUGGAUGGACAGUGUAUUUGUGACAGCGAUUAUAGCGGGGAAGACUGCUCGGAGGCCCGCUGCCCAACCGACUGCAGCUCCCGAGGACUGUGUGUGGACGGAGAAUGCAUUUGCGAAGAAGGUUUUGCUGGAGAAGACUGUAGUGAGCUGAGGUGCCCUGGGGACUGUUCAGGGAAAGGAAGCUGCGCCAAUGGGACUUGCAUCUGCCAGGAGGGCUAUGUGGGAGAAGACUGCGGGCAGCUGAGGUGCCUCAAUGCUUGCAGCGGGCGUGGAUAUUGCCAAGAGGGCCUGUGCUCGUGCGAGGAUGGCUACCAAGGGCGAGACUGCUCAGCAGUUGCCCCACCGGAGAGCCUGCGAGUGGCUGCGAUCAGCGACAGGUCAAUUGACUUGGAAUGGGAUGGGCCGAUGGCUGUGACCGAAUAUGUCAUCUCCUACCAGCCUGCCGUACCUGGAAGCUUGCAGCUCCAGCAGCGAGUGCCUGGGGACUGGAGCUCCAUCACCAUCAAAGAGCUGGAGCCAGGUCUUAUGUACAACAUCAGUGUCUAUGCUGUCAUCAGUGACGUGCUCAGUACCCCUGUUGGUGCCAAAGUUGCCACCCAACUCUCCACCCCGCAAGGUCUGCAGUUCAAAACCAUCACAGAGACCACUGUCGAGAUGCAAUGGGAGCCCUUCUCCUUCCCAUUUGACGGCUGGGAGAUCAGCUUCAUCCCCAAGGACAAUGAGGGGGGUGUAAUUGCACAACUUCCAAGCAGCGUGACAACCUUCAACCAGACAGGGCUGAAACCAGGAGAAGAGUACACUGUCAAUGUGGUUGCACUCAAGGAGCAAGCCCGGAGUCCCCCAACCUCAGCAAGUGUCUCAACCUUCAUUGAUGGGCCAACCCAGAUCCUGGUGCGAGAUGUCUCCGACACAGUGGCCUUUGUUGAAUGGACUCCACCUCGGGCCAAAGUGGACUACAUCUUGCUGAAGUAUGGCCUAGAAAAUGGGGAAGGGGGGAAGACCAUCUUUCGUCUGCAGCCUCCCCUGAGCCAGUACUCUAUGCAGGCCCUACGACCCGGCUCGCAGUACGAAGUCUCCAUCUCUGCUGUCCGUGGGACCAACGAGAGUGACGCUGCAGUCACCAGCUUUGUAACAGAAAUUGAUGCUCCAAAGAACUUGCGUGUGCUCUCCCGGACAUCUGACAGCUUGGAACUUGAGUGGGACAACAGCGAAGCUGAGGUAGAAAACUUCAAGGUCGUGUACAGCACACUGGCUGGAGAGCAGUACCACGAGGUGCUGGUGCCACGGAAGACAGGUGCCACAACCAGGGCCACCCUCACUGAUUUGAUACCAGGGACAGAGUAUGGAGUUGGAAUUUCAGCCGUAAUGGAUAGCAAACAAAGCGUUCCAGCUACAAUGAAUGCAAGAACUGAGCUCGACAGUCCUGGCAACCUCAUUGUGACCGCUUCCACAGAGACCUCCAUCUCUGUGUCCUGGACCAAGGCCAAGGGACCCAUCGAUCACUACCGGAUCAUCUUCAUCCCUGCCUCGGGAAUGGCAGCGGAGGUUACUGUGCCCAGAGAAAAAUCCGAGCUUACACUGUUGGACUUGGAGCCUGGGACAGAGUAUACCAUCUCUGUCAUUGCAGAGAGAGGCCGUCAGCAGAGCCUAGAGAAGACAGUGGAUGCGUUUACAGGGUUCCGACCAAUCACACAGCUUCACUUUUCUCACGUGACUUCCUCCAGCAUGAACAUCACUUGGAGUGACCCUUCUCCUCCGGCAGAUAGGCUGAUACUGAACUACAGCCCCAAGGAGAAAGAGGAAACCAAGCAAGUGAUGUUGGACCCCACCAAGAGACAUGCGGCCUUGUCUGGCCUGCAACCCUCCACAGAGUACAUUGUGUCCUUGGUGGCUGUGCACGGCCUUGUCAGCUCUGAGCCCAUUAUCGGUUCCAUCACAACAGGAAUUGAUCCCCCGCGGAACCUGACUGUUGACAAUGUGACUACCGAUUCUGUGACUGUCCGCUGGUCUCCUCCUAUCGCAUCUAUUGACCACUAUAGAAUAGCCUACAAAUCUGCCCAAGGACGAGUGGACAGCAUAGUGAUCGCCAAGCGGGUCACUGAAUACACCCUCAGCCACCUCCAGCCAGCCACAGAGUACGAAAUCAGCUUGAAGAGUGUGAGGGGCAGAGAGGAAAGUGAGCCCCUCUCCUACAUCAUGUACACAGCCAUGGAUAACCCAGAGAGCCUGACUGCCAUGAACAUCACUCCAACAGAAGCCCUGCUGAAGUGGGACCCACCUGUGGCUGAAGUUGAGAAUUAUGUCAUUGUGCUCACACACAACACAGUUGCAGGAGAGACUAUUUUAGUAGAUGGGACCAGCCAAGAGUUUGAGCUUAUCAAUUUGCUCCCUAGUACCAGCUAUGGAGUCACCAUGUAUGCCACCAAUGGGCCUGUCACUAGCAGAACCAUUUUCACCAAUUUUACCACACUUUUGGAUCCUCCAUCAAAUUUGACAGCGAGUGAAGUGACGCGACGGAGCGCCCUUCUUUCAUGGCUGCCUCCCAUGGCAGAAAUUGAGAACUACAUCAUGACUUAUCGGUCACCUGAUGGAAGCCGCAAGGAGCUGAUCGUAGAUGCAGAAGACACCUGGAUCCGCCUAGAAGGGCUUUCUGAAACCACAGAGUACACAGUACGCUUGCAAGCAGCCCAGGAUGCUGUCAGAAGUGGAUUCACCUCCACUGUCUUCACUACAGGAGGCCGUGUGUUUAUGAACCCUCAGGACUGUGCCCAGCAUUUGAUGAAUGGUGACACGUUGAGCGGCGUUUACACCCUCUCUCUCAACGGAGACCUCAGCCAGCGAGUGCAAGUGUACUGCGAUAUGACCACAGAUGGGGGUGGAUGGAUUGUGUUCCAGAGGCGGCAGAAUGGGCUGACAGAUUUCUUUCGGAAGUGGGCAGAUUAUCGUAUUGGUUUUGGAAACCUUGAGGAUGAAUUCUGGUUGGGGCUAGACAACAUGCAUAAGAUUACGUCGCAAGGACGCUACGAACUGCGGAUAGACAUGAGAGAUGGCCAAGAAACAGCCUACGCCUAUUAUGACAAGUUCUCCAUUAGCGAUGCUAGGAGCCUGUACAAGCUCCGGAUAGGGGACUACAAUGGCACUGCUGGGGAUUCGCUCACCUAUCAUCAGGGGCGCCCGUUUUCUACCAAAGACAGAGACAACGAUGUUGCCGUCACAAACUGCGCCAUGUCCUACAAAGGGGCCUGGUGGUAUAAGAACUGCCACCGGACCAACCUCAAUGGCAAAUAUGGCGAGUCCCGACACAGCCAGGGUAUUAACUGGUUUCACUGGAAAGGACACGAGUUCUCCAUACCGUUUGUGGAAAUGAAGAUGCGUUCCUACAACCACCGCAACACUUUGGGGAGGAAACGGCGGUCCAUGCAGCUGUAA